AUGGGCUUCUCCAUCAAGAAGCCAAGUUGGUCUGGCUCCGAGACUGCCAAUGCCAAAUCCGAGGCCACCACGGUGGUACCAAGCCAAAAUGUGUCCCACACAGAUCUCGAGAAACAUCCCCGACUGGAGUCGUCUAUGGCAGACACCGAUCGGGUCCCCCAGGCUGAGCAACUGCAGGAAAAGACGGUCCUAGAGGAGACGUUGCCGGGCAAAGAGUCGUCCGAGGUGGAAAUCCAAAACGAGGAGAAACAUGCAGACGGUGCCAUUCCCUCACCCGAAGACGACGAGGCUUUAUAUCCAAGUGGACUCAAGCUGGCUCUCAUCACCCUCGCCCUCUGUCUCUCCGUCUUCUUGGUGGCCCUGGACAAUACCAUCAUCGCCACGGCCAUUCCCAAGAUCACCGAUCACUUCAAAUCUCUCGGCGACGUGGGCUGGUACGGCUCGUCCUAUCUUCUCACGACCUGCGCAUUGCAAUUGUUCUUUGGAAAAUUGUAUACCUUCUUCUCCAUCAAGAAUGUGUACUUGACGUCUAUCGUCAUCUUCGAAGUCGGAUCUGCCGUCUGUGGCGGCGCCCCAACUUCUGAUGCCCUCAUUGUUGGUCGUGCCAUAGCAGGUGUCGGGUCUGCCGGUAUCUUCUCCGGCGCUUUGGUCAUCAUCGCCUACACGGUGCCGCUGGUGAAACGUCCUAUCUACACCGGCAUCAUCGGUGCCAUGUACGGCAUUGCCUCGAUCGCCGGGCCUCUGCUGGGUGGCGCCUUCACCGACGGGCCCGGCUGGCGUUGGUGCUUCUACAUCAACCUUCCUCUUGGUGCUGUGACCCUGGUCGUCAUUUUCUUCUACUUCCAGUCCCCCAAGAGAAAGGCUGAGAAGAAGGUAUCCGUUAGGGAGCGGGCAUUUCAACUCGACCUGGGCGGGACCGCGCUUUUCAUCGUCGACAUCGUCGUCUGUCUGCUGGCUCUUCAAUGGGGUGGAUCUACCUACCCCUGGUCCAAUUGGCGCAUCGUUCUGUGCCUGACGUUCUUCGGCGUGCUGACUGUCGUCUUCGUGAUUGUUCAGUACUACAUGAAAGAAUUCGCCACCAUUCCUUUCAACAUCAUCUCCCAACGCAGUGUCGCUGCUGCAUGUUGGUUCGCCUUUUCGCUGGGCGGGGCUUUCUUCCUUCUCGUCUACUGGGUUCCCAUCUGGUUCCAAGCCAUCAAGGGCGCCUCGGCAUUUAAAUCUGGCAUCAUGUGUCUGCCCAUGGUCUUGGCCCUGGUCGUCGCCAAUAUCCUGACUGGUGUCGGUACCACCGCCAUCGGAUACUACACGCCAUUCUAUUAUGUGAGCGUCAUUUUCUCGGCCGUCGGUGCGGGUCUUCUCACCACGUUCCAAACCAGCACCGGGCACGAGAAGUGGAUUGGAUAUCAGAUCAUCUACGGAUUCGGGGUGGGCUUUGGCAUGCAGCAGGCCUUGAUCACCGUGCAGGCUGUUUUGCCACUCAAGGAUGUCCCCACAGGCACUGCUUUGGUGAUGUUUAUGCAGACGUUUGGAGGCGCCCUGUUCGUAUCCGUCGGUCAGAACAUCUUCAACAACCGUCUCAUCACCGAGAUCCCCAAAUAUGUCCCUGGAUUGGAUCCCUCCAUCAUCCUCCAUGUGGGUGCCACGUCGCUGAAAGAACAAAUCCCCGCCGGGUCUCUGGCCGGUGUUCAGGAGGCUUACAAUACGGCUCUCACGAAUACAUGGUACAUUGCCGUGGCCAUGGCUUGUAUGACCGCAAUUGGGGCCGUCUUUGUCGAGUGGAAGUCGGUCAAGGGGAUGAAGGCUGGCGCCGUUGCUGCCUAG